CGCUUUCAACCAAACCCACCAAGAAGAAGAAGAAGAAGAAGAAGAAGAAGAAGAAGAAGCUCGGCCUUCACCUGCCGUUUUCACCUGGAUGCGUCAAUCACGCUGGCCUGCAUGUCGUUCUCCGUGACACCACGUGACCGUCUGAUUGGCCCGUCAGUGGUUUGGGGGCGGGCGCUCCCAGGCGUUUGCUGAAAUCCCAUUGGAGGACAGCAUUCAAGGUUGAUGUGACGCAGCUUGGAAUUCCCAAAGUUUUCGAGUUCUCUGGAGGAGAAAUCUGUUCUCCUUUGGCAGAAAAGACCCAGGAAAAGGUUCUGCAGAGCUCUGGUCCACAGGAGCAGAACAUCCGAAAAGCCAACCAGCCUCCUGCUGUACCGAUUCUGGCCUGAAGGGGGCGAUGUCGGACAGCAGCAACAGCACCGGCAGCAGCGGCUCCUCAACCAACAGCUGGACCCUCCUCUCUCCCGAGGAGGCCGCCGCCAUUGAGAGUGUGGGGCCCGUGGACGACGGCACGGAGAGCCUGGGCGACGCCCCCAGUCUCUCUGAGGAAGUAGCAGGAGCGGCGGCUGAGUUCAAGCCGGCUGACAUCGCCGUGGAAACGGUGCUUUCUGAAGAAGGCCAUCAGGUGUGUCAAGAGACCUCCCCCGAGUCCAGCGAGGGUCCCAUCCCGUCUAGUCCCGCCCGCAUGAGCCCUCGCCCUAGCACCCCCCUUGACCCCCCCGACCUGGACUUGGAGAGUCAGCCUCCGGUCAUUCACGACAUCGUAACCACCUCCCCCAGUGACAACGAGCACCUGGGGGGCGUGUCUUUUGUCACCAACAUUGAUUUGAGCGCUCCCCUCGAUGUUCCAGAGGUUGAAGUUUCCUCAGUGGAAACUGAGCUGCUGUCCUUGGCUCCGCCCACAGCGGAAUGCUCCGCCCCUGCCGAGGUCGACACAUCUGCCGACUCCGGUUCGAUUCCCUCAAGUGACGUUGGGGAGACGCCUGACCGCACAGCUGAACCUGACCCCCCCACAGAGACUAUCACAGCCACCAGCUCUUUCAGUGUCGAGGCUGAAAGUGGCGUGAUUCCAGAACGAAAAGAGCCGCCGCCGCCACUGACCAGACAGUCGGAUGAUGAAGGUCCCGCACCGGAGACCAGGGGUUUGGCUGAAGAAGAGGAAGAGGAAGAGGAGGCUGCUGUGAAGCCAGAGAUGCAGACUCAGGAGGAGGAAGAGGAGGAGGAGGAGGAAGACCCGAGCGGCAGCUUCGACGACGGCCUGAGGAGGAGGAACGUGGCCUCCUUCGAUGCGGCCAGACCGCGGACUUCAGACGAGGACGACGACGAAGAGGAGGUGGAGUUGAAGUUGCCGGAGAGGGGGGAGGAAAAGCCCUGGUUCUCUGUGAACAAAUGCAUUGUGGGAGCUCUGGUCCUCCUCUUCUUAGGUUCCCUUUUCCUCUCAGGUGACUUUGACGCCUCUGAGCUGAGUGAUGGAGAACAAAGUCAGGACUGGCUCGGCCCCGAUCCUCAGGAUAUGAAAGCACUGAUGGACAAACUGCUGCAGGAAAACCAGGAAAUCCGUCAGCUGGAGAGUCAGCUGCAGACGAAGACGGAGGAGCUGGACUUGGAGGUGCGAGCGGCGGCGGCGAGCGGGGACGAGAGAGGAAAGGCGGAGUUAGAAACGGAGAACGCCAAGCUGAAGGAGGAGCUUGGGUCUCUGCCUGAGCUGAAGGAGGAGCUGGAGCAGCUGAGGGCCCGAGUGACGGAGCUUAGCCGGCUCUCAGUCCCCCCCCCUCCUCCUUCCUCCUCUCGGCCCGAUGAUGUCGCCGCGGGAGAGCCGGACGCCAUGGAGGACGCGGGUGCAGGAGCACCGCUCCAAGAAGAACUCCAGCGACAGAAAGGCCUGCUGAUGGACAGCAAGAAGAGACUGGAGGGGAUGAAAAAAGACGGGGGGCACAGGAAGCAGCUCCAGGACGGCCUGGAAGAGGUCCGCAGGAAACUGUCCCAACACGUGGAAAGUCUGGGAAAGAAGAAACCGCAGGAGACCAGGCGGAAAGAGGGCAAAGGCAAAAGGUCCGAGGGCCACAGGAAAGAGGAAAAGAAGGAGUGGAAGCACGGCAAAGAGGGAGGAUGGAAGGGCAAGGAGGAGGAGUGGAAGCCCCCCAAGGAAAACUCCCACAAAGAGGCCUGGAGGAAGCACCAGGACGAGUGGGAGAGGAAGAAGAGCGAGCGCCGCGUGGACAGAGAGGAGCGCAGGAAGGAAAAGCCGUGGCACAGCCGCUCUCACCCUCCUCAUCCUCAGCAGCAGCAGCCCCCCCGGCAGCAGCACCACAGCCACUUCUGGAAAGACCAGGAGCUGAAGCUCCACCGCAGCGUCCGCCCCCAGCUGGGCUGCAGCUCGCUGGAGGACUGCGCCGCCAAGGAGGGCCUCUACCCAGUGGAGCUGCCGGAGUUCGAGGAGCUGCUGGAGGGCUACCUGAGCAAGCUGGAGAGGUCGUCGGCCGAGAGCAAGAGCCGCAUCAGGAAGCUGACGGCCGAGUUCUUCGAGGACGGCGUCUUCAUCCACGACAGGGCGCUCUUCAGCAGCUUCGCCGAGGACGUGGCCGACGUGCUGGAGGACAUGGUGGACCUGUUCGAGGCCGGCAAGCAGACGCGCCACGACUCCCUGGAGGAGGAGAUGGAGGAGUUCGAGCGGGAGGCCAUGUGGAAGUUCGCCGCCACGGCCUAGAGCGCCGGCAGAGCGCUUCUCGUAGGACGCUCCUUCUCCUCUUCAUGGCUGCAGUUCUCGUAGCUUUUGGUACAGAAUGUUCCACCUUCAUCCGCCAUGCUGGACCCAGUGGGGCCACGCCCCCUCAGUGAAGUGUCAUGUUGUUUCUUCUAGUUCCAGUGCAUGUUCCAGUCAGCGACGUUCACGUGGCUUUAGGGAAAUGGUUCUAGUGUCUGCUAGUAAUCCACUCCUUCAUCCGGUAUUUCAGAAGCAUCUUCCUGCGUUUGAGCUGAAGCUAAAGGUUUCUGCAGAACCUCUCCGGUUCUGCUCAGAACGGCGGUUCCGUCAGUCUGUGAAGAACCGAUCCUCGUGUCUUCAGGAUGAUCCCGAGUCAGGAGACAGAAGGAAAGGCCGUUCCUCAGAUCACUGCAGCACUUUUCCUCACACCUUUCAGAAACGUCUCUGCUUUCGUUCCGGAUGUUCCUCCAGAACCUCGGAGGUGAAAGGUCACAUUCAGACUGGUCACAUUUUUUUUUCCUACCGGGACAGUGUUGCUUUCCGCUGCUCCUCCUCUUUAGCGCUUCUGGUUUGACGUGCAUGCAGCCGUUUAGGAUUUUAACGUGUUUUUUUCUGAAGCGCGGCGCCAAAACGGAGGUGCAGCAGCUUCUCUGCAGGUCUCGGUUCUCGACGGGACGGCUUGGUGAUGAGCAGAGGAGCCGCGUUGUGACGAAUGUUCACCCUUUUCAGUGGUUUUGCUGGUCGGAAAAUGCUGCCGUGCCUUUACCAUGAGGUCUGAUUUCAUUUGCUUUAGCUGCGAGAAAACGACGUCUACAGAGUUAGCCUGCAGUUUGCGGGACGGAGAAGAAUCCUUCAGUCCAUUCUUCUCUGCUGGACGUCCCGUGGAGAAGCUUUGGACUCCAGAGGCUUGAAGGAAAGGUUCAACGCAGAAGUUUGCAUCCUGUGGGGCAGCAGGACGAUGUGAUUGAUCCCUUUGAAGAAUUGUUUUCUUAUUCUCCAGAAUGUCCUGUUUUUAGGAGAUAAAUGUUCAAUAAAUUUUUCACCAUCAAGUC